AUGGGUGUUCACACACAGCUGGAGGGAGCCUGGGCUCAUAUUAGCACAACAUACAAGCCUGGAAUGAUCGAAUUCAUGGGAAGCGUCUUCGGCCAAGUUAUCGGGUUUAUCGUCCCAGCAACUGUGUAUUUGAUGAUAGAUACCCUGUUUCCGAAAUUCUCCCAGCGUCAUAAGAUCCAGGGUGCCCGCCGGCAACCAAAACCGCAGCAAAUCCGGCACUGCGUUGUAAUCUGCCUCUCAAACCACGCCUGGUUAGCAACCCUUCAUUUCCUAAGUCAUUACAUGACCGAUUUCAACCACUCCUAUCUCGAGAUGGCUCCAACUUUGCCAUCUUUAACGACUUUCGUUGCGGACUUCCUCUUCGGCCUGCUAGCCCGCGAAGUCCUCUUUUACUACGUUCACCGAGCCUUGCACCACCCCAGAAUCUACGUCUACAUUCACAAGAUGCACCAUAAGUACAUCACGCCCGUUGCUUUUGCCGCCGAGUACGCUCACCCGGUUGAGCAUCUUUUCGCCAACGUGCUGCCUAUUACACUCCCUUUGUACCUUAAAGGUACGCAUUUUCUCUCAUUCUUGGCCUUCAGCAUCUUUGAGCUCUGGGAGGCCGCAGCAGACCAUAGCGGGUAUGACUUUUUGAAACUGCCCCCAGCAGAACUGCAUGAUUUGCACCACGAGAAAUUUCGUGUUAAUUAUGGGACUAUUGGGUUGAUGGAUUGGAUUCAUGGGACGAACGUGGUGGGGUGGGAUCGCCGCGGGUAG